GAUAUGGCACAUUAUAUCAUAUGGUCAAUUUGAUGAUUCAUGAUGAUAAAUUUUUGAUGAUAAUUACAUGAUGGCACAUUUAAUCAAUUUGCUUGUGAGGAUGAUUACAUGAUACUCAUAUAAUCCAUAUAUACUUGUUCUUGAUGAUGAUUACAUGACAUCUAUGUAAUUGAUGUACUUGAUGAUGAUAACAUGAUGCGUAAUUGAUGUCACACAUAGUCAUGAUGAUUUUACUUGAUAAUGACUUCAUGUUGUAUGAUUCUAAGUCGCAAGGACGAGCCUUGAACUAUGAGAUUCGCCCAUUUGGUACGACGAACUCACGCAGAAAUAGGGGUGGUACUCGAAAAUCUAAAUACCAUGUACGUACACUAAGCCCGGUCCGUGAUGUCGGACUGCUAAGUCCCGCACAAUCACAACUACAAGAGAUGCACUUCAGCCUGAUCUCUUGCGCAUGCACAUGAUGUGAUAUAUUUCAAUAUGAAUGAUGAAAUGAAUCACAUGAUAUGAAUAAUUUGUAAACAACAUGAUUGGAUAAAUAAACUUUAUUUUAUUUGGAUGUAAUCUGAUAAAAAUAUCAUUUAAUUAAGCUACGGGGCUCGGAACGGUCGACCGUUUGGCGCGACGGUCGACCGCGAAAUUCAUCGCGUCGAGUUUGGAGAAUCACCGUGACGGUUGACCGCGGUUGACCGGCGGUCGACCGUUGUUGACUGGAGGAAAAACGGCGGUCUUGACUGGGCAGGCGGCGGUCGACCGUUGGCCACCGGUGGUCGACCGUUUGUCUGACAGUCUUGUUUCGUUUCAAUGUUUAAUACGACGGUUGACCGUUUACGUCGACCGUUCGGCCAACCCGAGGAGCUCGCCACCACUGGCGCAGUCCCGGUAUUUUGGCCAUAUCUUCUUCGUUACUUAACGAAAUCGCGAGCCGUUUGUUGGGCUGGAUUCGUAUCGUCCGGGGCUACAACUUUGGUUCAAGAAGUAUUUCGAGAUAAUGGAUGGAAAAUUUCAGUUUUUACCUUAAAGUGGCUGCUGCGUUUUUGAGCUUAAGAUUUGGAAACCUUGAUACUUCUUCUUGUUUCUCCUUCUCCUUUCUUGGCUCAACAAUGGAGUUAGAGCUGGUUUUUCCUCCUUCUUGGACUACCAACAGAGAGAGAAAAUGGGAGAGGAAAGAUGAGAUGAUGAUGGUGGUGGUGGUGGAAGAUGAUAAUGAGCAUUAGCGAAGCCCCGUUGCUGAUUUUCUGUUCUUUCUUCUAUUUUUUUUUUCCACAACUGAAGAACCAAGGAUCUGUUUCGGAACGAAGCACCGCCGUAUGGAUUGUCGGCGUCGUCUCGUGAUUCUUUCCCUUGUUCUUUUUUCCAUCUUUCCCGAUCCCUCUCUUCAGUCCUCCAGAUGGCGCGGAGCUGCAAAAACGAAAGAGUCGGUGCUGCGACUGGUGACCGGAGCUCCGGCGACUUUCAUUGAUCCGACCCGGGUUACCCCAAUCUCUUGGCACCCCAGGGCUUUCUUAUAUAAAGGGUUCUUGACAUACGAGGAGUGUGAUCAUCUCAUUGCUCUGGCCAAGGAUAAGCUGGAGAAGUCCAUGGUUGCUGACAAUGAAUCUGGAAAGAGCGUAGAGAGUGAAGUUCGGACUAGUUCUGGCAUGUUUCUUUCAAAAGCCCAGGACGAAGUUGUUGCUGCUAUUGAAGCCAGGAUAGCGGCAUGGACUUUCUUACCUCCGGAGAAUGGAGAAUCUAUGCAAGUACUGCGAUAUGAACAUGGGCAAAAAUACGAGCCACAUUUUGAUUAUUUUCAUGACAAGGUCAAUCUAGAAUUAGGCGGUCAUCGUGUGGCAACUGUUCUUAUGUACUUAUCUUCUGUUGAGAAAGGCGGGGAAACAAUAUUCCCUAAUUCGGAGCUAAAAGACACUCAGGUGAAGGGCGAUGACUGGUCCGAAUGUGCUAUUAAUGGCUAUGCAGUGAAACCAUAUAAGGGUGAUGCAUUGUUGUUUUUCAGUCUACAUCCGAAUGCAACUACUGACCCUCUGAGCUUACAUGGAAGUUGCCCUGUACUUGAAGGUGAGAAGUGGUCUGCAACGAAAUGGAUUCAUGUGAGGUCUUUUGAUUCACCAGUCAGCGGAUGCGCGGAUCAUCAUGAAAACUGCUAUGCCUGGUCUGUUGCUGGCGAAUGUGACAAAAAUCCUCUCUACAUGGUGGGGUCCAAACACUCUCUAGGAAAGUGUAGGAAAAGCUGCAAAGUAUGUUCAUAAAAAUAUAGUGGUCUCGGCCAUUUCUGUUCCUUAUUUAUCUUCAAGAACCCCCCCACCCCAGAAACACAGCAUAUCAGUUUGUAUAGUUGAUGUACUUUGUAUUAGACAGGAUAUUGAGAAAGAAUUACUCUUGGCUGAGAAGUGCAUGAUAGUAAGCAAAUUAGCUAUUGAAACUCUCUUGGGGUGUGUAAAGAUUUUAAUAUGAUGUGAAGUUCAAUAUUUUAUUAACAGUUGGAAGAGGGUGAUAUUCAGUGGCUGUUAUAAUGGGU